GUUGCAAGUCGGAACAUGCUAUAGGUUGCCCCUACAGUAUCCUAUCCUAGGCGAUCCUAUUCUCUCCGGUGCUAUAGUCAACGAAUGAAGAGAGAUCACUACUAAAGGCACGACGAGCAUUUGACUGAGACUGAAGGAAAAAAGUGUCAUCGUCCUACUUGAAAAUGUUGAGGUUGCAAAAAUUCACGUUGCUUUGUCUCCUGCUCGCUCUUGGCGGUCCUGUAUUGGCAUUAAGGUUGCAGUCGAGGUUGCAGCCGAGUACGUCUUCAAGCACAACCUGCUUGACAGCUAGUGCAAUUUCGGCUGUCCCGACUGUCGCAGUUGCUAGAACACUUGGCAGAGGCCUGGAACGACCUGAAUCAGCUCGAUCGGGUGACAGUCAUGCUUCUUCAUCCGCCAGUGUCUCCAGCACCAAUCACGACUCCUCUCCAGCAGCACUAGAAAAUCUAUCAAGCUGCUCAACCGAAGACACGGCACGACCAACUGGACACACGACACCUGUUGGGCAACAGCAGCGCUGUACGCCAUUGACAAAAGCGUUGAUUGCUCUCUCCUGCUGCGCUGGCGGUCUGCUUCCGCCAGUAGUACAUCAAUUUGCCCACCAUCACGGGAGUAGCAAUGGCGAGGCUGAUGCACCUGCGACGAAUCGGGAGAAGGAAAACGAAGGGGGAGAAGGAAAUGUAAGCUCCUGGCUGGCAGACGUAAGCUCCUGGCUGGCAGAGAACGCUAGCAUUAAGGCCGUUGCAAGUUGACCCAGCUAGUAAGGGCAUAUGAGCCUUUCAAGAGAGCCUUUCAAGAGAGAGAGGAAUAGAUAUAUUUAAGAGCAUAUUUCAAUGAACUUUAUUCCACGAAAGAAAGUGACAGACUGGAAUAUCCAAUUCUUGCAACUGCUAACAGCAUGCCAGUAGACCAUACUGGAAUUGCCGACAGGGAUGUAGCAAUGAGCGGCCCAGACGGAGGAGCAGAAUUGCCAAGACCAACAUCUUCUCCACAACAAGACGACUCGCAACAGACGAAUCCAUCCUGUGACGUCAACCAUUUAGAUAACUGGAAAGAGGAAGAAGACGCGAAGGCACUAUAUUUCUGUUUACGAAGAUCCGUGGAGCGCAAAUUUCGAGAGUAUGGAGGUAUCUUUGUUUUCGCGCCUACGGUAGUGGCAGACUACCUCAGGAUGGCAGUGGAAAACGGUGAUGCUGGAGACAGGAGGUGGCCUUUGGAGAAACCAGUCACUGAUUAUUUCUGGGUAUACGAGCCACACCUGGUGUUAUGGUCGUCUUGCUGUAUAUGUAAUUCACAUCGAUUCAUCCUGCCGGUAGGUGCUAUAUGCCUAUUUGGGAUGCACAGAAUAGAAAGAACUCUAAGGUCUACUGAAAUGAACGAAGCACUGAUAGUACUAACGUUUGUUUGCCUCGUAUCAAAGGCUACUGUCUGAUGUACUUAAAUUUAUAAUUAUCCAUUUAUAAUUAACAGUUUUGGAUGGCGCAUGCCGACCAAAGACUGGAGAACGACAUCGCUUGGUCGCACAGUUCUUGACCCGCCGCGCUGGAAGGUUGAGGAGGUUUUCAACGGAUCCCAGUACUCUGAUUGCGCACUAGAAGAGGAUAAAGCUCAAGGAGAAGGAACUGGUAUUUAAGGGUAGGUUUACCCUUUAACGUGCUUUUCUUACCGCUUUUUAUGCCUCUCUCAACCCUAAGGGAGAGAGAAAGGGGGCAUAAAAAGCGGGGGAACUACCCGCGAGCACCAAAAACCUACCUCUAAGGUAUGUUGAUCUGCAGUGAUGCGGGAAUCGCUAGUGGAACAUCUUCUUCGCCUUCAUCUUCAUCCUUAACUCCUGCUGAGUUCUCUUCUCUUUGCUCUCUUUCGCCAGCGCUGCUGGAACGAGCAAAACAAGAGAUCGAGGAACGGGACGAUUAUCCCAUCACGCGGAGACCUGUGGGAGGCGUAGUGUUGCUCUUCAUCGACCCGGUCAUCUUGCUUUUGAAUGACUCGUUUACGGCAUUCACCGUAGAUCCGUAGAUUCGCAUCAUUUCAAGGUGAUGUAAGUCUCAUUGAUAUUUAUCUUAAUAGACUUGUGAAGGAAGAUUUGGAGUCGUUUAUAUUAUAGGUUCGUCCUUUCCAGCGAGCUCCUGUGCUGUGAAGCGAGGUCGUCCACAUGCCUAGUUACCGACACCUACCCUUUCCACUAACGCUUGCUUUUGAAGAAUCAAUUUCUUUUUGAAGUCUCUAAUCACCCGUUAUCCCGAAUAUUCGGUCUCGGAUGGGAAACAGCAGAAGAAAUAACCGAACAACAGGACUUUCUGGCAACUGCGUGGGUGUGGGACGGUUUUCGAUGGACAGAACCCUGCAUCGACUGGCGACAAACAGACUACGGCACUGAGUACCAAAGGUUGGUAGCGACAGGAUUUAGAGGAAAAUCGCUGAGGGAUGCUUUCGUAGAAUACCUGGUAGAACAUGGUAAUUCUGAUUUGGGAGUAGGUGGAGGUGAGAUGUUUAGUUCAGGAGUAGAAGUAGAUGGAGGAGGUAAUUCUUCUUCGGGAGGUGGUGGUGGUGCAAGGCGGCUUUUACGUUUAUUCAGAAACUCGAAGGAACAAGAGCUUUUCGGGACCACAGAGUUGGAGGGCGACCAUUUGUUUCGUGCUCCAUUGCUUUCGAGAGCACGAUCAUCUUCAUCGCGCGGGGCGUGAUUCGGCCGUUGUGCUUGAGGCAUCUGGUCGGAGAAAAAAGCGCGAAUUCAUGGCGAAUUUAUACGUUAUUCAUAGUUCUUACAUUUUUAUAUUGUGUAGGUAUAGGCUGUCGAAAACAUUACAGUGUAAAGGUAAGCGCUUGAAAAGAUAUAAUUUCAAAAAAUUUGGAUUAAAAUACUUGCGCGCUACUUAAGCGUGCUUCUUGUAUGUUUUUUUUGAGAAUAAUUUUCCGAAGAUCUGGACAAUCUGUCUGACAACAUUUAUUUGGGUCUGCUUGUUGAAACUAACGGGAUCAUGUGUUUUGAUUGCAAUUCACAAAUUUGAUUAACAGUAAAAGUAAAUGUUAGUGACCUUUUUAGUCGGAAUUUUCAGAGUGAUCCGGGCCUCAUACCAU